GCAGCCCUUAGUAGGAGGGGAAGGUAUCGGGCUGAGUGCGCUCUUCUCCUCGCCGCUUCCCCGCACCCUGACGCGGACUCCGAGCCGGAGAUGGAGCCGGGCCCUGCCCGACGGCUGUUCCUCCCCACCGGGAUGUGAGCACGCCCCGGAACGGCCCAACUGUCGACCGCUGCAUCUCCUGCUAGAAUGUUUCUUGUGAAUGCCCCUCCUCCUCUGGCUUCUUUCCAAGCAAAAUGGGCACCGUUCGGGCAGGCCGCCGCCGCUUGUAGAAUACCCGCCACAUUCUCAGAGUCCGAGGACGAUAUUUCCAGAGCCGCUCUCUCCACACAAGUCCAGGGCAUCAUCAGCAACCUCCAUAGCGACGAGUCUUCUCCUGAAGUGACCGGGGAAUAUGAGGGUAUUAUGCAGAAGCCUAGGAAGGGGGAUUCUAAUAUCGAGAGAGGAUUGAAAUCCGGUGCCGCCGUGCUUAAAGGGCACACAAGAGAGAGCGCCACGGUCGUGGUCCCUUCCGAGUUUAAAGAUAAUAAAGACGAUAACUCAGAGUUCGGCCCGCUGACGUUGGACUCGGAUAGUGACGAUUCUGUAGAUCGAGAUAUAGAAGAAGCCAUUCAGGAGUACCUGAAGAACAAAGGCACCAGUGAAGCCCCUGAUGAAGGCAGCACCAAAAGCUCCUCUUCCGUCGCACAAAACGCCGCUGCAGUCAACGCUUCUCCCGUCAGCAUGGUGACUACAAGUGACGUUUGCAACAGCUUCAGGCUGAAAGAGCGGCAAAGAAGCGCUUCCCCCGAUAGCGUGAGCAGCGACGACUCCUUCGAGCAGAGCAUCAAGGCCGAAAUCGAGCAAUUCCUCCACGAGAAGAAGCAGCAGAACAGUAAGAGCAACGUCGCUUCCCCGCCGAAAGUCCCUCGCGUCGAAGCUCCGGUGAAACCAAAGUUAAAGACCAAUAAGACUUUCGAGAAACAAAACUCGAAGCAAGGAGGGUCUGAGCUGUUUCAGAAACAUGUUUCUGAUUCUUUCAAAUGCCCCAGACCUAACCCAGAGACUACCAAAACGCAACCAAAGGCGAGUGUUCCCAAGCAGAACACCAAGACCGGCUUUCCGUCUCAAAAACCCACGCCGGUCGUCGCGGAAGAGCUGUCGGACUCGAGCAGCGACGACGGAAUCGAAGAAGCCAUUCAGCUUUAUCAGUUGGAGAAGCAAAGGCAAGGAAUAACGCCCACCGUCACGCCGGAGAAAGCCAAAAGUCCCGGCCCGGCUGAUUUACAGACUGAUACGGAAAGCAGGAAGAGGAAAAGUUCGACUAGCAAACCUGCUGCAUUCCAGGAUAUCUCGAAUUGCCAACCUCUGUUAAGCAAGAGAGCGCUCCUGUACGGAGAGGAACGUGAAACUGGCGUUCCGACGACUUGCAGAGCAGAGACCGCGGCGGAACUCAUGUGCGCGGAAGCAAUACUUGACAUUUCUAAAACGAUUCUGCCUUCUCAACCACAAAGCACUUACGUUAUUCCUACGGGGCUUGCCCCGCCCCCUCCUGAACCCCAGUGUGACAGUGACAGCAUGGUCGACAGCGACGACAGCAUAGAACAAGAAAUAAGGACAUUUUUGGCUCGCAAGGCACAGGAGGAGACUGCCGGCGCCGCGUCUGUUAAGCAGGAGCCAAUGACGGAAAUUAGUCUCGACGCUGCAAAUCAGUCUCCAAAAUCGAAGCUCUCUCUGACGCACAAGAAAAAAGCCAGGUCUGUACAAUCAGAUUUAAUAAAAAAGACUGUUCCCUUGGAUAAACUGGGCUCAAACGUUGAGCAAAAUAAGUGCCCUCAGCCGGACGAACGAGUACAAAGCACUAAGUGUCCCGCUAAAGUAUCCGCACCUUUAGACAUGAACGUAGGAACCGGAGAAAAUGUUGUGGUUCCCGAGGUCUCAAACAGGGGCCGAGGCAAACACCGUGGACUUAGCAGGAGCUACUCCAGCGGAGAUAAAAGUAGUUCCUUGGACAGCGACGAAGAUCUCGACACUGCUAUAAAAGAUCUGCUCAAGUCGAAAAGGAAAUACAAAAAGCGGCCCAAGGACGGCAAAUCCCAGUGUAAGAAGCGAGUCCGAUUCAGCGAAACCCUCAGCAGGCCGCUCGACGUAUCCGACGACUCCAAACACCCGAGAAGUCCACCCUUCGUCAAAAGCUGCCUCUUAAAUUCCACCGCCGCCAAGGAAAACUCUUCCGAGAAAAGGAAAGAGGAGAAGGCGGUUGUCGCCGAGAGAAAUGUUCCGUCGGUUUCUGCUUCUCCCCAGUGUAAUCGAGACGGGCAGCCUGUGCCAGCUUGUGCCUCCGGGGAGCUCGACGGCAAAACGCGUGGCUUCCACGAUGCCCAGGACAGCAGCUCCGUGGAUAGCGACGACAGCAUAGAGCAGGAAAUAAGAAAGUUCCUGGCCGAAAGAGCAAGAGAGUCGUCGACGCUUAUAGCGACACAAAGCGAGACUGUUCCGUGCCCCGCGGAGAAAAAUAACCCGCCUGUAGAUCAUAAACAGACAGUUUUGCUAAAUCCUACGCCUAAAACUGUUCUUCAACCGGAGACGUCUAAAAACAUUUCCACAGCAGCCCCUUCCCGGACAACCGUGGUGCAGCCGUUGCACGUCGGUAAACAACCCGUACUGCCACAGCCAAAUUCCCGCCAUGCGGAGGCGGGGACGGGAAUGAGCCCCCAGGGUGCACCGAAUUGUUUCAUAAUAAAGAAAGAAUGUUUAGUAGAGAACAGUAUCAUUAAACCCAUGGAGCAGUGCCUUCCGACUGCUCCCGGACGGGUGAUCAUGCAGGCAAAUCUCAACAGCCCCCAGCAUUUGCCCGUGGGGGGUAACUUCGUAGCCGGGUUGAAAUACGUAUCCGGCACUGAAAAGCAGCUCCUAUUAAACGUAGGGAACACCGGCCCGUCCAAGUUGGCCACGGAGAUUUGCAAAAGCAUGGUGCAUAAUUCCCGGCUGGCCAAUUGCCCGCCCCUGGACAGGAAAGUGCCCGUUUUGGACAGAUCUAAAGAGUUACCGACCAUUAACAUCAUUCCUAAGUCGCCCCUGGUCCGCUCCGGGCUGUAUCUGGUCACCACCAAAGUGUGUAAAGAGAACUCGCCCUCCUUGUGUCUCCCCAUUAACACGGCAGCCUACGAAACGGGGAUCAAUCUAAUGAGCAUCCAGUACUGCCAGGUGAACCCCCAAAAGCCCCCGUGCGUCGGCGGCCCGUCAGUUACCCCACAGAAAAGCUCAGACAGUAGGGGGUCCCUGCCCGGCCAUGCCGGAACCCCGCCCCUCUUUAUAACCAGAACCAGAGAGUAUAAGGCAGCGAGAGAGGGCGUAGAAAGGGAAGGCAGAACCAACCCAAACGAGGCAGCCAAUCAUGACUUAGUAGCAGACGCUGUUAAAAAUGUGAAGGAAAUCAAAAAUUCACAGGAAGGCAAAAAUGUCUUUCAAAUGGGGGUCACUGACCCCGGCAGCCAAACCCUAUUGCUCUGUGAGGCUCCAAUGAUGUUAUAGUUCUGUUUGAUCACUUAUCUUUCUAUUCAGCCCCUCUCCUAUUCAUAUUCAAUGUCUCACUCACACCAGUGCUUGGUUACUAUGGUAAUUUGGACCCUAGCAACCAGCUAGCUGCUACAAUUUCAAACUGGAGAGCUGCUGAAUAAUUCAAAAAACACGCAAAGUUAAAAAAAAUGAAGACCAAUUGCAAACGGUCUCAGAAUAUCACUCUGGACAUCGUACCAAAAGUUAAUUUUAAAGGUGAACAGACCCAUUAAAUCCUAAUGUGUUAAACUGGCCCAAACUGGAAUCUGUUCUUUCAAAAAGUAGGAAGAAAUAACCAUUUUUAUAUGCCGGAAAUCCAGCUGCAAAAUUGCUCUUUCUGCAAAUCCUGGCCGGGGAGGAGGGACUAAAACACUGAUGUUACAAAUUGUAACAACCAAUACAAUGAGUACGUCGGAGGCACGUUUAACCCCUAUUACCGUAUAAAACUGGGUCGAUUCAUUUCAGUUAUAGCCUGAUUGGUCAGUGGAAACUUGAGCACUAACGUCGGUAACCUUGUUGCCCCCCCAUUUGUGGGUGUUUGGCUAAUGGUGACCUUUUUUGUUCUAUAAAGAGGCUGAAAAAAGCCGAUUCUUCUCCGAAUCCCGAACCCUAGUUUUCAUCCCUUUGAAUUAGCAACUAUACGUUUUAUAAUCCCUUUCUAUAACAAUGUAGCGGGGGGUGUGGGAGGAGUUUGGGCGGAGUUUUCUGUUCUUCCCUCGCGAUGUAAAUUCUAUGGAUUCCCAUUAACGGAAGAGUUGUAACUUAUUUUGUAUAUACGUACUGACCAUGCUGCGCAUCGCCAGUCGCCAUGAAUUUUCCAAAAUGUUUGUUAUCGAAGAGAUCGAGAGAAGAAAAACGACUAUUUGUGUGCAGGUUAUACACCUAAUAAAACAUUCAGAUUGUU